CGACUCCUAACGACGCAGGGCACCAAGUUCUGAACACAUGAGCCCCGGGAAGCGCCAGGGUCGCAAGUGGCAGCCUAUAUAAUCUCUUCACCUUGCCUUGUCCUACUCACUCAAACUCUCGCAAGUACCCAAAUGACCUCCCAUAUCGAAACCCCAUUCCAGAUAUCCGUUUCCACAGAGGCUCUCGAGGCUCUCCAAACACACCUAUCUAUCACCGGCUUUCCCGACGAACUCGACGAUGCAGACUGGGAUUAUGGUUCCCCCUUGGCCGACGUUCAACGGCUCGUCGCGCGUUGGACGAACGGUUACGAUUGGAGGAAGUACGAGAAGGAAUUGAAUGAGAAAUUGCCUAUGUUUACCAUGGGUGUUCAGGUUGAGGGGCACGGAGUGUUGGAUGUGCAUUAUGUGCACGGGAGGAGUAAGGUUGUGGAUGCAGUUCCGUUAUUGUUCGUGCAUGGAUGGCCAGGGAGUUUUAUAGAAGCGAAGAAGAUAUUGCCCCUGCUAACGGAAUCCUCCCCGGACCAUCCAAGCUUCCAUGUCGUCGCUAUUGGGCUUCCUGGGUUCGGUUUCUCAGAGGGUCCUCAUAAGAAGGGUUUCGCCAUAGACCAGUACACAGAAGUCGCCCACAAUUUAAUGAUGGCAUUGGGGUACCAUGAAUAUGUUGUACAAGGUGGCGACUGGGGUAGUCUGAUAACCCGUCAUAUGGCCGUUCGCUAUGGACCCAAACACGUUAAAGCCUGGCAUACCAACUACCCGGUUGUAUGGGCGCCCUCCCUUUUCUCUAACCCAAUGAGCUGGUUGUGGCACGCCAUCAUGCCGUACUCUUCUCGUGAACGCGCUAGCCGCGCUCGCUGGGAUGAACACCUCAAAACUGGGCAUGCGUACACCGCCAUCCAAAGCACCAAACCUCAGACUCUCGGAUACUCACUGGCAGACUCGCCUGUGGGGUUGUUGGCGUGGAUAUACGAGAAACUGGUCGGUUGGACAGACGCGUAUGAUUGGGAUGAUGACGAAGUGCUGACCUGGGUGUCAAUAUAUUGGUUCUCACGCGCUGGACCUGCCGCAUCCAUCCGUAUUUACUACGAGAUGGAAGACCUAUGGGGUCCGGGCGUUAUUCCUAUCAACAUCAAGCACGUCCCUAUCGGUAUCUCGUACUUUCCGCAAGAGGGGUAUCUCCCUCCAAGAUCAUGGGUGCAUACGAUAGGCAACGUCGUAUUCGAGUCGGAGCACGAGUACGGUGGACACUUUGCGUCGUAUGAGAACCCGGAAGGGCUGGUCGAUGAUUUGAGGAAGAUGUUCGGGAAGAAGGGGCGUGCGUUUGGUGUUGUGCCCGGGAGGAUCGGGUAUACGCACUAGUUAGGUGAAAUACUGGGGCUUACAGAUUAUUCAUGUACAUUAUGUUGGAUGGCUAACCAGAUCUUCUGUUUUUU